AAAUCCCACACAUUGGAUUGCAUCCCACCUCCAAAUAAUAUUUGCAGGUCAUAAUUUUCCAGUUUUUCCAAAAAUAAUUGGCCUUUAGCCAAUAGUUGGGUGACACCUUCAAAGUCUACAUCCCUCUCACAUGCCUCUAUAGAUCAAAUUUUUAUUAAAAGAGGGAAUAAUAAUCUUUAACAUAGCAUGAUGCUGUACUCGUACACGAACUUGUGACCUGGCACACCAAAACUCUUACCUGUUUAUUUAAUAUCAACUAUUUAUUUCCUUAAACUUUGUGUUUGGAAUUAAAAAAUGGUCGUCUUUGCUGCGUCCCCCACGAGCAUAUGAAUUCAAAGAAUUCUAGCGGGUGACAAAGAGAUUGCUCCAAAUUUUUUACCAGCAGGGUAAUAAUAUAUGUAUUCAUGCAUAUUGAUAAAGCUGUACGUGGUUGAAAAGAGGAAGAGAACUAGUGUGGUUGGUGUUCUAAUCUUGUGAGGGAAAAUGGGGUUCUUGACUCUGUUUGAGGUGGCCUCGAUGCCGAUUCUGCAGGUGCUUAUAAUAAGCAUGCUUGGAGCUUUCAUGGCAACUGAUUACCUCAAGCUCCUCCCACCUGAUGCCAGAAAGUACAUGAACAAAAUUGUGUAUGUGGCCUUCACUCCAUCACUCGUGUUUAUAAGCCUCGCAAAGAGUGUCAACUUCCAAGAGAUCAUCUCAUGGUGGUUCAUGCCUGUGAACAUCGGGUUAACGUUCUUGUUUGGAGCGAGUUUUGGAUGGAUCGUGGUUAAAAUACUUAGACCAGAACCACAUAUACGAAAUCUCAUCUUAGCCAUUUGUUCAGCAGGAAACUUGGGGAACAUUCUGUUGAUCAUCAUCCCUGCAAUCUGCAAGGAAAACGGCAGUCCAUUCGGAGAUGCCAAUGUCUGCUCCACAAUCGGACUUUCAUAUGUUUCUUAUUCAAUGGCUGUUGGCGCCUUCUACAUAUGGACUUACACGUUCCACUUGAUACGAAGCGCUGGGGUUAUAUACAGAGCAUCUCUCGAAGCUGAGGAUCCUAAAAAGCAGGCUAACCAGGAUUUGGAGGCGAACGAGAAGUCACUUCUUCUAAAUGGAGCAGAGCAUGCACCCUCCCAACUCCAAACUAUUGAGGUGAAGCGCAGUGCAAGGCAAGUGAUGGGGAUUUUGCAUCAAGUAGGAGAUGAGCUAAUGUCUCCUCCAGUGGUUGCUGCUAUUUUAGGAUUCAUAUUCGGGGCCGUGACAUGGCUCCGGGAUGUUAUCAUUGGUGAGAGCGCCCCGCUGGGAGUCAUAUCCGACUCUAUAUCAUUGCUCGGGGACGGAACCAUUCCUUGCAUCACCCUCAUACUCGGAGGAAACCUCAUGCUAGGGCUGCGCAAGGCCAAGCUGAGCCCGCUGCUCAUAGUGGCCGUGAUCGUUGUGAAAUACGUGUUACUUCCUAUUAUUGGGAUAGGCGUUGUGCUCACAGCCGCGCAUUUAGGGUUGGUGCCUAGGGAUCCGCUGUUUCGGUUCGUGCUGAUGAUUCAGUUCAGUCUUCCACCUGCAAUGAACAUUGGUACAAUGACGCAGCUGUUUGAUGUGGCCCAAGAAGAGUGCUCGGUUCUGUUUCUGUGGACUUAUCUGGCUGCAGCCAUUGCUCUUACCGGCUGGUCCACCGUCUUCAUGUGGAUCUUGACCUAAACCCUCAAACAAAGCAUCAUCAAGAUUGUGACCUCGUGCCUAAUUGUAUUGUUCUCUGAUGCAUCCUAAUGGGCUAUUACACAUGUAUCGUGUCCCACAAUGUGGAGGAAUGGAUUGUUGAAGAUGCAAAUUCAAGUAUUCACAUAUGUCUGAUCACAAAAAUUAUUGUUUAGAUGUUAAAAUUUGAUGAGAUACAAUAUCUUGUUUAAAUGUUAGGUCGACAGCUAAUUUACUUAA